CUCUCUCUCUGAUUGGCCAGCAGCACUUCAGUAAACCCUCAGCUUCCUGGUCAUCUGCAAAUGGACAAAUAAACUUGUUUUUAAACCUGUGCUACGGUGGGAAACUCUGGCUUCAUUUAACUGGGGAACAACAUGUCGCCCAGAAGCGCCUGGAGCCUGGUUCUGCCCGUCGUGUUCUGUCUUUUUGUAACUGCCUAUUGUAAGUUUCCUACCCUAGAGCACAUCAAACCGAAAGCCAGCGACAAGGCACAGGGGAGAGCAGUGGUCGAGCUGCUGAGACGCCUGCUCGGGACCAGAUCUACGGAGUUCCUAGUGGCAGUCAACAGGAGCCUUUCCAACGACAGCCUAGAUGUGUGUGAGCUCAGGUCCACUAAAAACAACAAGAUAGUCGCUACAGGCAGCACCGGAGUGGCAGUGGCUACUGGCAUUUACAACUAUUUGAAAUAUUUCUGCAACUGCCAUGUUUCCUGGUCUGGUGACCAGCUGGAUGUGCCCCGUCCUCUGCCGAGGCUCACCGGCGUCCUGCGCAUCAACACCCAGCAUAGGUUCCGGUAUUACCAGAACGUCUGCACUUUUAGCUAUUCCUCUGUGUGGUGGGACUGGCCAAGGUGGGAGAGAGAGAUCGACUGGAUGGCACUCAAUGGAAUCAAUCUGCCGCUGGCUUUCACAGGACAAGAAGCCCUGUGGCAAGAGGUCUACCGAGCUCUUGGGUUAAACCAGUCGGAGAUUGAAGAGUUCUUCUCUGGCCCGGCGUUUCUGGCCUGGAACCGAAUGGGAAACGUUUUCAAGCUUGGUGGGCCUCUGCCACAGUCCUGGCAUGUGAACCAGCUCUACCUCCAAUUUAAAAUCUUAGAGCGAAUGAGAUCCUUUGGCAUGAUUCCUGUGCUGCCAGCCUUCUCUGGGAACAUUCCCAAGGGAAUCCUCAGGUUGUAUCCAGAAGCCAAUGUAACCAGGUUGGGGCCUUGGGCUCACUUCAACUGCAGCUUCUCAUGCUCCUAUAUCUUAGACCCUCGUGACCCACUUUUCCUCCAGAUGGGUUCCCUCUAUCUGUCCCAGGUGGUGAAGCAGUUUGGUACAGAUCACAUCUACAACACUGACACCUUCAAUGAGAUGACUCCCCCCUCCUCUGACCCCACCUACCUGUCUGCAGUCAGUCGUUCUGUCUUUGCCUCAAUGACCGCAGUUGAUCCUCAGGCAAUUUGGCUGAUGCAAGGCUGGCUGUUCUUCAGUGACGCAGCGUUCUGGAAGCCGGCCCAGAUUCAGGCCCUACUACACGGAGUGCCCCUCGGAAGAAUGAUCGUGCUGGACCUGUUUGCAGAGACCGAGCCAAUUUUCUCCUACACAGAGUCUUUCUAUGGACAGCCCUUCAUCUGGUGUAUGCUGCAGAACUUUGGGGGCAACAGUGGAUUCUUUGGCACAGUGGAGAGCAUCAAUUCAGGGCCCUUCAAAGCCUUACAUUUCCCGAACUCCACCCUGGUGGGCAUCGGCAUGACACCUGAGGGCAUUGAGCAGAAUCCUGUGACGUACGAGUUGAUGAGCGAGCUGGCUUGGCGCAAGGAGCCGGUCAACUUGUCAAAGUGGGCGUCGCUAUAUGCAGUACGCCGCUACGGCAGCACACAAGAGAACCUGACCACUGCAUGGAGGCUCCUGUUCGCCAGCGUCUACAACUGCACAGUGCCACAUUACCGAAACCACAACCAUAGCCCACUGGUGCGCCGGCCUUCCUUUCGCAUGAAUACUGACCUUUGGUAUGACCCGGCUGAUUUGUACAAAGCCUGGAAACUGAUUAUUGAGGCAGCUCCAUCUCUCAUGUCCAAGGAGACUUUCCGGUACGAUCUUGUGGAUGUGACUCGGCAGGUCCUACAAGUCCUGACAACUAUCUUUUACCAGGAUAUCGCAGAUGCCUUCCAAAACCAAAAGCUGCCGGAGCUGCUGACUGCAGGUGGGGUGCUGGUCUAUGAUCUCUUGCCUGAACUCAAUCGUUUGCUCAGUAGUGACCGCAACUUCCUGUUGGGGACAUGGCUGGAGCGGGCCCGGUCUUUAGCCCUAGAUGAGAAGGAGGCACAGCUCUAUGACAUGAACGCCAGAAACCAGCUCACUCUAUGGGGUCCCAGUGGUGAGAUCCUGGACUACGCCAGCAAAGAGUGGGGAGGCCUUAUGGAGGACUACUAUGCCCAGCGAUGGGGCCUUUUUGUUCACACCCUGGUGGAGUGCCUGGACAGCGGUCGACCAUUCAAGCAGGACACCUUCAACCAGGCAGUUUUCCAGGUAGAAAAGGGAUUCAUUUACAACGGCCGAAGGUACCCGACCAAGCCUCAGGGAGACAUGUACGAGAUCGCCCACAGAAUCUUCCUCAAGUACUACCCACAGGCCUUGAAGAGACUAUAGUGAGCAGAGACUACAUUUUGAAAAAACUUGUCUCAAGUCACAGCAAGAAGAAUGUCUUCCUCCACCUCCAAUUUCCAUGGCUAUCCCAAAACAUUUUGUUAUAUAGAACAUCUAACAGCCUGAAUCUACAGAACAAUCUGUUUGCACAUGCAGUAAAAUCAGUAAUGGAUAGUUAUGCAUGUUGCAGGGAAAAAGGAUUUUCACGCAUCACUUAUAGAGAGUUUAGAGAGUUAGAGUUUUCAUGAGAUGUCUUUCAUGUCUGAUCUCUGGGUACUGUUUUUGAUUCCACUGCUCUUAAAGAGCUAGUUCAAAAUUUUUGGAAAUACACAUAUUCACUUUCCCAGAGUAAAAAGAAAAGAUGGAUUUAAAUCCCAUGCCUGUUCGUUAUGUAUGGAGAUGGAAUCAGGAUGUGGUUAGCCUAGCUUAGCAUAAAGACUGGAAGCAGGGGGAAAUGGCAUAGCCUGGCUCUGUCCAAGGUACAAACAAGACUAAAGCUGUGUUAUUUACACAGUGUAUAUUGUAUGUUUACGUGUUGGAACUAUUUCUUAACGAACAACAGUGUACUUCUGUGUUGCAUCUCUUACUAUAGCCGGGUUUCCAGAUACAGUCAGUGAACAGACACGACGGUAAACAUAACAACAAGGCUGUUCACAGAAAAAUAGAUCCAGCAUUAAACAUUAAAAUACUUUUUUACAGUUCAGUUCAUGUACAGGUAAACACAGUUUGAGAGGUGUUGGUAGGGUAGAUGUAUUUUGUAAUACUUUGGACAGUCAGACUAGCUGUUCCCUCUGCUUCCGGUCUUUAUGCUAAGCUAGGCUAACCACAUCCUGACUCUACUCGCACGGGAUUAUUAUCAUCUGGGGACCUUGUGUGAUUUAGAAAUCACCCCCCCCCCCCAACAUCUGAGUUUCGUGUGUCGCAUUCGCUUGGGAUAAGCGAAGCCUGCUUUUACUUUGAUUUACUGACAUGUACCCUGAGAGUUGGGUACCUGGAGGUACCCGGAGGACGGCCAGGGCGAGGCCGCUGCACCGCACUUAGGUCGGGGUUCCGGAUCUUUUUGGGCCAGGCCUGAUAGGGGUUACCAGAGGCGCAUACCUCAUCGGGAUUAAGAUCACAGAAAACCUCUGUAAUUAUCACAAAUGACUAGAGGUCACCAGGUAAUACUAGUCCUGUGUGAAUAGGGCUUUAUUCUGUAGUUAAUACACAGACAUGAGAUUGAUAUCCAGCGGAACACCUCCCUCGCAUUAAGAAAGCACAAAACAACAUGUUUGACUAGUCCUUUAGAUCCGAGGCACUACACUAGAACUGCAGAUGGAUGUUGAAAUGUUUGACCUGCAGGAAACCUUUAGCAAUUAAUGAGAUGACAUUUUCAGACACUGACACUAUCAUGUCGAUCAGUUUGAAGUCAAUCUGUAUAUUGUGCCUUAUUCUGAGCGAAGUGACUGCUGGCUGUGUGCUUCAUAGCCAUUGCACUAAUGAGCAUCAGGACAAGUGGUCUCGCAUAGUUACCAAACAAUGUGGAUGACUUUGAACUUGCAUAACAAUUUUCCACUUAAUUUACAAUUUCAUGCUUAUAUGGUCAAUGAGAUUGGACCAUUAACCAGUGAGUUUCUGUACAGGUUUAUCAACAGAGGGAUU